CGGAAGUCAUACUGUUUUGCACAAGUAUUGGAGCACGUGUGGACAGUUUCAAGCAAAAUAUCUAUGGUUUCAAGACUGUCAUAUGGGUGUAACAAAGCAGUACCUACGUUAUGUACCUGGGCCAGUCCUGGGACUUAUUGGCGGACAGAAAUCAAAUGUCGUUUUCUUGGACAUAAAAGGCGUGAAGGGGAAGUACUGUGCAGUCGGGGCUUGUGAAAAUGUUUUGGUUUGGGAUCUCAGAACAGGAGAAAAGCAUAUAGAACUACAAGGAGAGAAGAGUGAGGUGACACAGAUUGCAAGGUCACCAGACAAGAGGCAUGUUGCCAUUGGAUACAGUGAUGGUAUGGUCAAGGUCUUUGACCUUCACACAGGAGAGGUCAAGGUCAACUUCAGUGGCCACAAGUCUGCUGUCACAGCUUUAAAUUAUGACCAUCAAGGACUUCGACUUGUUUCUGGUGCAAAGGACACAGAUGUGAUUGUUUGGGACAUUGUUAAUGAAUCAGGUUUAUUCAGGCUGAAAGGUCACAAAGGGCAGAUAACUCAGGUCCAAUUCCUAAAGGAAAAAAAUGUCAUAGUUUCAAGUUCCAAAGACACCUUUAUCAAGUUCUGGGAUUUGGACACACAGCACUGUUUCAAGACACUAGUGGGACAUAGAAGUGAGGUAUAUGACUUUGUGAUUGUAAGGAAUGGUCGGCGAUUGAUCACAGGUUCAGCUGACAGUGAAUUACGUGUGUGGGAUAUUGAAUACCUAGACAGUUUGACCUUGGAAGAGGAUGAGGAGCCAGCAUUGAAGAGGAUUAAGAUUGAGGAAGAGGAGGAGGACAAGAACAUGGAGGAAGAAGAGGAAGAUCUGCACAUACUGAAGUGUACAAAGGUCGGCUCUGUGAUGAGGCAGGGCAGAGACCGUCUGGUGUCCAUGACAACAGAUGCCACUGGUUCUGUUCUCUCUUGUCAUGGAAACAAUAAAUUCCUGGAAGUAUUCAAAUUGCCUUCUCAAAUGGAUCUAAAGAAGCACUUGGGUAAAAGACAGAAAAAGCUGAGAAGGAAAGCAAGAGAUACAGGGACAGAGGAAGUAAUGGAGGCAGUACUAACCGUCAAAGAUGAAAUCGUCCAAUAUGGCUUCCACAAAAUGGUAGCCAAUAUUGUCUUAGUUCUACUGAAUAACAAUAUGUUACAACACUGCAGCCUGGGGCUGGACCAGAAGCAAUCUGACCCCCAGGGAAUGGCCAAACUAGCCCUCCCUGGACACCGGACGGAUGUCAGGACGCUGUGUUUCAGCUCAGACAAUACUGCCAUACUGUCAGCCAGUGCUGAAACAGUCAAAAUCUGGAACAGGGCCUCGUCCCAGUGUAUAAGAACUAUGAAUUGUGACUAUGCCUUAUGUUCAGUAUUUGCCCCUGGUGAUCGACACAUCAUUAUUGGUACCAAGAGUGGUAAGUUACAGAUCUUUGAUGUUGGAAGUGGGGGGCUCCUAGAGGAGAAAGAGGCCCAUACAGGGGCAGUGUGGUCACUCUGUAUGUCUCCAGAUAGGAGGGGGAUAGCCACUGGAAGUGCUGACAAGAGUGUUAAUUUCUGGAACUUUGAGUUGAUCACUGAUGAGAAGUUUUCCCUCACAAGUAAGAGACUUACACUUGAGUUGGAGAAAACAUUGAAGAUGGAUGAAGAUGUUCUGUGUGUCAAAUACAGCCCAGAUCAUCGCCUGAUAGCGGUCUCUCUGCUGGACAACACGAUAAAAGUCUUCUUCGCUGACACUCUGAAGUUUUUCCUGUCACUGUAUGGACAUAAACUCCCCGUUACCUGUAUGGAUAUUUCACACGAUAGUACACUCCUGGUAUCUGGGUCAGCUGACCGUAACAUCAAGAUCUGGGGGCUCGAUUUCGGAGACUGCCACAAAUCACUUUUCGCUCAUGAUGAUAGCGUUAUGUGUGCCCAGUUUAUAUCUAAAACUCACCUCAUCUUUACUGGUGGAAAGGAUGGGAAAAUUAAACAGUGGGAUGUAGACAACUUUGAACACAUUGUUACCCUUCAGGGACACCAUGCGGAGGUGUGGUGUAUGACGGUCAGUUCCUCCGGGAACUUUCUCGUCACAGCGUCACACGACAAAUCCGUCAGACUGUGGGAGAAGACAAGGGAGAUAGUGGUACUGGAGGAAGAGAGAGAAAUGGAAAGAGAGAAAGAGGAUGAAGAAGCCAUAGGGGGAGAAACAGUGGUCCCAGGAGAAACCAACACAGAAGUCACACUGGCAAUGCGGCUACCUCAAAAACGCAUAGAAACAGCUGAGAGAAUAAUGGAAGCAUUGGACCUUUAUAAGGAGGAAUCAGCCAAACUGAGGGACCAUAAAGAGCAGUGUAAGAGGAAGGGAAAACAGUUACCUCCCCCUCAACUGAAUCCACUGUUAAUGGCGUACAAGUGUGACACACCAGAGAGGUAUAUGUUGGAGAUGCUGCGAAAAAUUAAGUCAAGUGAGCUGGAGGAAUCCCUUCUAGUCCUGCCUUUCUCCUAUGUUGUGGACUUGCUGAAGGUCCUGGAGCUAUUUAUAGACUCGGGAUGGGAAGUGGAACUCUCCUGUCGCUGUUUGUUCUUCCUUCUACGCGUUCAUCACGGCCAGAUCACCUCCAAUCUUGUACUUCUUCCCGUUAUUGAUAGACUCAGACAGAAGACGCGAGAUCGAGUGAGUGAGCUCAGGGACACAAUUGGGUUCAAUAAGGCGGGGUGUGAAUUCAUUCAGAGACAGAUUGAAUUGUCACAAGACACAAUCUUCUUCAGUGAUGCCACAGGGAAGUUUAAAGAGAAGAAGAAAAAGAAAAGAGCCAUUUUAGCUGUGAAAGUGUAAUGCCAUAGAUACCAUAUUAAAAUAAAUAAGUUAA